GGUGAGGGUGGGUUAGGGAGCAGGUGACAGACAGUGGAGAGAGUCAUAGAUGAUGGGGGUCAUAGAAGUUGGGGUCAUUGAAGAUGAGGACAGGGUCAGAGAACAGAAGGGUUGAUGGUUCACAAGGGGUAGAGUGGAAAUGCUCACUAAGGUGGCUGAUCAGGAGGACUUCUGGGAAGAAAGGGAAUGGUGCAGACAAGAGGCUAAGUGGGAGCAGCAGAGACCAUGAAAAUGAGGCCCCUUGAAGAGAGGCCAGGUAAUGUUUCCUAAUUUUGGCUACCAAGCUAAUCAGAGAAAUUCCCAUAAUGCCAGUUUUCAAAGUCUCAGAAGAGCAAAAUACUAUUGCUUUGAGUCCACGCAAACAACAAAAUUUACCCGAUUCGUUUCCAGGCUUACGAUGAUGUUCAUCACAACUUCCAUGAGUACAGCAUUUUAAACAGCUUUGGAAAAACCUGUCAGGUUUUCUUUGGUUUUGUUUUGUUUUGUUUUGUUUUUUAAUCUCAGGUUACUCCCUCCAAAAGGUAGUGGAAAUAAAUUUGAAUAAACAAAACAGGUUUGCUGAAAAUAAAACCAGGACUCCUCAACUGCUCUAACCAGCCUGCUUCCACAGGGCCCUGCCUGUCAGCCUGCACAGCACUGAGCUGGGAGAGCAGCAUCCGGCAUUCAGCAUGUACCAGGUGGUUGCCUUCUUAGCAGUAGUCAUGGGAGCCCACGCUCUCAAUCUACGGCUUCAGAAAGACUGCAUCCUCUGGCCCAACUGCUUCCCCAGCCAAGGACAGGACCCCACUGAAGAGCUGCUGAAGUUGGACUCAGUGCUCAUGCCUCCUCCAGAGGCUGGCAGCCUUGCCCACCACCCAGUAUCCUGCAGGGCCAGCGAAGAUGGACCCCUCAACAGCAGGUCCAUCUCCCCCUGGAGAUAUGAGUUGGACAGGGACUUGAACCGGCUCCCCCAGGACCUGUACCACGCCCGUUGCCUGUGUCCACACUGCGUCAGCCUACAGACAGGCUCCCACAUGGACCCCCUGGGCAACUCGGUGCUGCUCUACCACAACCAGACCGUCUUCUAUCGCCGGCCAUGCCCCGGAGAGCGGGGCACAAGUGAUGGCUACUGCCUGGAACGCAGGCUCUACCGUGUCUCCUUGGCUUGUGUGUGCGUGCGGCCUCGUGUGAUGGCUUAGUCAUGCUGCCCAUGGCUGGUCCCCCGUGGAACGCUGGAGUUGGGUGUGCAACUGUCUACUACGGUGAGCCCGGACGCCGAAGUGCUCACCCCUCCGAAGCAUCACCUGGAGCAGCAGGAUCGUGGGGCAGAAUGGGGACUUUAGAAGAAGACACACUUUGCACUUUUUGGAGUGGAUGGGAAAUGCAGGGGAAGUGAAGGGAGCCACAGCUGCGGUGGCCUCUGGAAGCUGGUGUCCAGUAUCCUGGCAUUUCCUCUCAAAAAGGCUUUCAAAGCUCUGCCCAUUCCUGGAGGCCACCACCUCGUCUCUUCCUUUCCUUCCACCCCAGCUGUCAUCGUGAGCACAGGCACUUUCUUGAUAUUUCCCCUCUUGCCAACAGAGAGCCCCUCAUUUCGCUUAUUUGUUCAUUUGUUCAUUCGUUCACUCAUUCAUUCAUUCACUCAUCAAACACUCAAUGAGCACAUUACUGGUCUUCUGACAUGGGUGACUCUGAGGAAGAGGCUGUUAUCGAUAAUGGC